UACAUAAAUUUCCUUUUUAUUUUUGCUUUGUACAUAAAAUCGUAGCACAAAACUUCUAUUUCAAAUCGUUGUUAUGUGAAUUACGUCUUGUGUUUGAUCAAUGAAGUUCUGCGACCAUCUUUGCAGACCACUUAUUGCACUUUCAUAAUUUAUAUUUCUCUUACAAUCAUGGUGAAAUUAACAACAGACAUCGUCGAAAAAAAGUGUUCUCAAAUAUUAACUAGUAAAUCACUCAGUAAAACAAUAAAAAAAGAUGAAUUGUGGAAAUUAACUCAUUUACAUAUGAAUGACAUGUUUAUCAGCAGUAUUGACAACAUCGCUAUUUACAAAAGCUUAAAAGUCCUAUAUCUUCAGAAUAAUAACAUAUCAAAAAUAAAGAAUCUACAUUUUGCAUGUAGUUUGACACAUCUGUAUCUACAACAUAAUACCAUAACGAAAAUGGAAAAUUUGGAAUCUCUACAGAAUCUCCAAAAACUUUAUCUAGGAUACAAUAAUAUUGUUGUAAUUGAAGGAUUAGAAAAUACAAAGAAAUUACAAGAAUUGCACAUCGAGAGUCAGAAAAUACCACUCGGUGAAUCAUUAUGCUUCGACCCACGCAGCGCUUUUAUUUUAUCUAUGUGUCUAAGAGUUCUUAAUAUUUCUGAUAACAAAAUGAUAUCCUUGAGAAAUCUAAUAAGAUUUCAAGAAUUACACACGUUGGAUGCAAAAAAUAAUCUGAUCGAUAAUAUGGAUGAUUUAACUGCGACAAUAAGUACAUUGAUUUCUUUAAAAGAUUUAUCUUUACAAGGUAAUCCAGUUACGCGAUCUUACAGAUAUAAGGAAAAUUUAAUUGCAAACAGCGUUUCGCUAGCUAAUCUCGAUGGAAAAAUUGUAACCGACAUAUGUCGAAAUUUUAUGAAAAGAUUUAAAAUGGAGAAACACAAUCAACGUACAAGAAAUGCAACUAAAACUCAAUUAGGAGAUGAUAUAACAAGUUCUCUGAACUUGCCACCAGCCUUCAAAAGAUCUAUCUCGAGAGCAAUUUUUCAGCAUCCUGGACCACAUUUAUCUAUAACAAUUACCCCUGGAUUUCUUUCGGUAGGAAGCCAGCUACAUGCGUUCCCACUUUGGACGUCAGCAUCUGGCAUCAGAAGUACCAAGGAUAAUCAUGUAAUACCGAGACCAUUUUGGAGUAAUGUAAUUAAAAACAAGGAAAUCCGUUUAACUCGCUCACAUAAUAAUAAAACAAUUGCAUUACCCCUUAUUUAAUUCUUUUUAACA